AUGACCGUCUCUCAGGAUGCGCCCCCGAUUCAAAAUGGGCACGGCCCGAAAACACUCAUCAGGGAACCACUGAAGCUGAAGGGUGUUCUGGACAAAUACAAAUCGUUUAAUGUCACUCCCGCAAUUGGAAAGGAAUUCCCUGACACUAACGUGGUAGAAUGGAUGAAGGCUCCCAACAGCGAUGAGCUCCUGCGCGACUUGGCUAUCACAAUCUCUCGUCGCGGUGUUGUUUUCUUCCGCGCCCAAGCUGACCUGACCGAUGAGCUUCAGAAGGAGUUGGCGCACCGUCUGGGGGUUCUCUCAGGCAAACCCGACGACUGCAGACUACACAUCCACCCCCUGACCAAGCACAACCUCGACAAGGACCCAGAACUCAACGUCAUCACCACCGACAAGGCCGCGAACCCGGCAGAGGACCUGUGGAAAAACAGACCGGCCGACAUCAGAAACGCCUGGCAUACAGACACCGGCUACGAGCCGAAUCCCGCCGACUACUCGAUCUUGAAGCUCGUCAAGCUCCCGGAAACCGGCGGAGACACAAUCUGGGGCUCCGCCUGCGAAAUCUACGACAAAAUCUCCCCCGCCUACCGCAGCUUCCUCGAGGGCCUAACUGCCACCUUCGCCCAGUCCAGACUCCCAAUCUCUGCUGCUUCGAAGGGAUUCGAGCUGUACGCAGAGCCCCGCGGGUCGCCAAACAACGUUGGUACUUCCCUCCGCGCCGUGCACCCCGUCGUGCGCACCAACCCCGUCACCGGGUGGAAGAGCCUGUUCGCGGUGGGCAACCACGUCGAGCGGAUCAACGAGUUGACACCCGAUGAAAGUAGGCGGCUGCACGACUGGUUCCUGCAGAUGAUCGUGGAAGAGCACGAUACUCAAUUGAGGCAUCGGUGGGAGAAUCAGUAUGAUAUCGCCAUCUGGGAUAACCGCACUGUUUACCACUCGGCCAUUUUCGACUUCGCUGGAUUGGGCUGUCGUACGGGUCAUCGGGCAGUGAGCAUCGGCGAGAGACCGUACUUCGACCCGAACAGCAAGACCCGCCGCGAAGCGCUUGCUGAGGAGGGGGUGAUGUUCUAA